AUAUCUGAGUCCCUGUUUCUUGUUUGCUUUUGUUUUGUUCAUAUAGUACUACAAUACGUUCAGUAAUGGAACCAGCUUGGGUGGAUACUACUUUGGAUCUCAACAUCAACCCUUGUUUUCGCACCAACAAAGCUAUGAAACGAGAAUUUGAGGGAGAUGUGGCUGAGUCGGCACCAGUUAAAUAUGAGAGUGGAGUGUUGGUGGAGGAAUUGAAUCGGGUCAGCGCCGAGAACAAGAAGCUAACUGAGAUGCUAACAGUUCUAUGCGAACAGUAUUACUCUUUGCAGCACCAAUUCAUGGAAUUGGUCAACAAGAACCCUGAAAUUGAAACUACUGCUGCUGCAACAACAUCAUCAUCAAAGAAGAGAAAAGCUGAGUGGGAGGAUUAUGGUGCCAACAUGAUUGGAUUUAGUGGGAACACUGAGACCAGCUCUAGUGAUGAUGGCUCACCUAAAACUCCCAAGGACUGCAUUAAACCUAAGGUUUCUAGGGUUCAAGUCCGCACAAAUCCUUCUGAUAAUAGCCUGAUAGUAAGGGAUGGAUAUCAAUGGCGAAAAUAUGGUCAAAAAGUCACAAGAGAUAACCCCUGUCCCAGAGCAUACUUCAAGUGCUCUUUUGCCCCAAGUUGUCCGGUCAAGAAAAAGGUGCAAAGAAGUGCUGAAGACCCAUCGAUCUUGGUGGCAACAUAUGAAGGAGAGCACAACCACCAUGAGCACCACCGUUCUCCACCUGCUGAAAUAUCAUUAAGCUCCAACAACAACACCCCUAGUUCCAACACUGGUUCGGGUCCUGUUUCAUCUGCCCCAACCAAAGCUUUAGCUUCCACUGUAACACUAGAGCUGCUUCAACCAGCUGGUUUGGGCGGCGAUGAAACCGAAAGGGCAGCCCUACAAAUCGACGCACCAGCAAUCCAACAGAUUUUAGUUCAUCAAAUGGCGGCUUCUUUGAGCAGAGACCCCAAUUUCACGGCAGCCCUUGCUGCAGCCAUUUCAGGAAGAGCUGUGUAGACCGGAAAAUAGGAUUGAAAAGUGGUGAAAAUUUCAGUCUUUUUUGUAGGUUCAAUGGGAGAAGAGUAUCAAAUGAUGUAAAUAGUAUAUUACUGCAUGUAUUUGUCAGAGAAGAAAAAACAAGGUAACUCUGUGCCGAAGUAAUUUAGCACCACAAGAACUACUUUUCAAAGCUGUCGAUGGCCGGAAAUGUAUCUAUCAUUUUUCUACAUUUUGUUUUUAUUCAUAUUCGAUCCCAUCUCAUAUGUA